AUUACACUAUGAAUUAGUUGUCCCUUCUGUUUUGAAUACGUCAGUUUGCAUGGUUGUUCUUAUUUUGGUUUAUUUGCCUUAUUUCUACUGAUGAAUCGUUUAAUGAGUAGUGCAACAGCAGCUGAUAAAUUAUCCCUUAAUGUGGGAGGAUUUCAAAAUUCUUUUACAACAUCGAUGAAGGCGACAACGAAUUUGGGGCAGGAAGCCCAGGGCAACCUGGGCUUUCUUCAUGCCUUCGUUGCUUCACUUUCUGUAAUUGUUGUCUCUGAAUUGGGAGACAAAACUUUUUUUAUCGCUGCAAUUAUGGCGAUGAAAUAUCCUCGACUUACCGUCUUUACCGGAGCAAUAGGUGCACUCGCUUUUAUGACUAUCCUUUCAGUUGUAUUUGGAUAUGCAGCAACGAUAAUUCCCCGAGCCUAUACGUAUUAUAUUUCGACAGCAUUAUUUGCUUUAUUUGGUUUAAAAAUGCUUCGAGAUAGUUAUUAUAUGUCACCUAAUGAGGGACAAGAAGAACUUGAAGAGGUUCAAUCUGAUCUGAGAAAACGAGAAGAUGAAUUUGAGAAAGAUGCGGAAAGUACAUUAGUUCAAGAUCCAGAAACUGGAAUCAUAAAAAAAACACAAAAGAAAAAUGCAUUGAUGGUAUUGUCGAGGAUUUUUCUACAAGCUUUUACAUUAACAUUUCUUGCCGAAUGGGGAGAUCGUUCUCAGCUCACAACAAUUCUUCUUGCAGCACGUGAGGAUGUUUAUGGCGUUAUAAUUGGAGGAAUUUUAGGUCAUUCGUUUUGUACAGGAUUGGCUGUUCUUGGUGGACGAAUGAUAGCUCAAAAAAUAUCUAUACGAACAGUAACUCUAAUUGGAGGAAUUGUGUUUUUACUUUUUGCGGUAACAGCUCUAAUCAUCAAUCCUUCGGAUAAUGUAUGAAUAUUGAAGAAAAAAAUGAAAAUGAAAUGAAAAUACUUACGUGAUUCGUUGUAGAAUCAGGUUAUUAUGUGAGAAAAGGUGAAAAAUACCUUUUUUUCGCAGCCAUUAGGCCCCCUCUUCCUCCAAUUUUUUUUUUUUUUUUUUUUUUGAAAAUGUUCAUUUUUAGACGCAGCAGAAAUGCGGAGAAUACCUAACGAAUUAUCAUCGUACUUAGAGUCUUUUAUAUAAUAGUUGAUAUUAUUUUCUUUUCCACUAAUUUAGUUGCAUUAUAUUUUAUUGUAUUAGUUAGAUAAUUUGUAUUUGUUAAACAAAAGAUCUCGACAAUAUACGAGAAAUGUCUCGUGUUUUCCAGAUUUUCUUAAAUUUGUUUUUUGUGAAUAAAUUGUAUAUUUGUAUCAAGAACUAUUUUUAUAAUCGUUUUUGUAAAAAGUUAUAAUAUUUCGCGGGCCUAAUGGAUCUUGUGAAAAUGAUAAUAUAGGUAUACUUUUAGAAUAGGAAUUGCAAAAAUAAUUGUAUACAAUACUUGUAUUCUAAUUUUAAUUUGUUUCUACUGUACAGCCUGUGUAAAAUUGAACCUGAUAUUUUUAUGAAUUAUAUUUUUCUAGAGAUUUA